UUGGAGAGUCUUGAAGUGCGUGUUACAACUUGCGACCCAAAACGACGCAGUUUCAUCCUUAUUUCAGAACACACAAAUCACAAUUUUUGUUUGUUUGUUUUAGAAGAGGGAGAACCAAACACGCCCUUAUCGCCAAAACACACCACCCUUUUAUCCCCAAAGAGCUAAAAGAGCCUCUUCACACACUUCAACUAUUAUUCUGAUUCUCAUAAUUAUCCAGCAAGAAUUCUCUUUCUUUUGAAAAUAGAGUAGGAUUCAUACCCAGUUGGUUCAUCCUAUGGGGUUUGCAGUUUGAGGUGCAAAAGGUGCAAGCUUUGGAGCGGUCAUAAACAUAGAAGAUGAGUACAUUGGAUGCAACUAGGGCGGAACUCGCUCUUCUAGUUUUGUACUUGAACAAGGCUGAAGCAAGAGACAAGAUAUGCAGGGCAAUACAAUAUGGUUCCAAGUUUUUGAGUAAUGGGGAACCUGGCACCGCCCAGAAUGUAGACAAACAAACCAGCUUGGCUAGGAAGGUUUUCCGUCUCUUCAAGUUUGUCAACGACCUGCACGGUCUGAUAAGUCCAACACCUCAGGGUACUCCCUUACCCCUAAUUCUAUUGGGAAAGUCAAAGAAUGCAUUACUCUCCACUUUCUUGUUUCUUGAUCAAUUUGUGUGGCUCGGUAGAUCCGGCAUCUACCAGAAUAAAGAACGAACUGAGCUAAUCGGCCGGAUAUCUCUCUACUGUUGGCUUGGCUCCUCGGCGUGUACCACCCUAGUUGAGCUUGGGGAACUUGGACGACUCUCUGGAUCGAUGAAGAAGUUGGAGAAACAACUCAAGGGCAGUAAUAAAUAUGAAAAUGAGCAAUACCGCGCCAAAUUAAAGGCCUCGAAUGAGAGGACUCUAGCACUCAUCAAAGCAGGCAUGGAUAUUGUGGUGGCUGUUGGACUGCUACAAUUGGCACCCAAGAAAGUCACUCCUCGCGUUACCGGCGCAUUUGGAUUUGUUACAUCUCUAAUCUCUUGCUAUCAGCUGCUUCCGGCCGCCGCGGCGAAGUCAAAAUCAUCAUGAAUGUGGAAGAACAGACUAGAGGGCUGUCAUCACCAUGCUUCGUUGUUGUUAAAUAAUAAUAAUAUGUGAAAUUAUUAGAAAAUGAUGGUGGUUGGUGUGAGCAUGGACCAACUUGUGACCUGUUAAGGUCUUUAGAUAUGUCACCAUAAUUAUAGUGCCUAUAUUGUUAUCAAUUGUCACUGUUCUAUUUUGCUUAAUAAAUAGUAGAAAAAAAAAUCCCUGUUUGGAAUUCUUCCCACAAUUG